AUGAGCAACAAAGUCACCCAUUUUUCGACCGUUAUCAAUCCAGAAAGUCAGUCAGAUAGUUCUGACGGUACACUGUUGCAGCGCAUCCUCCUUAUGGUGUGUUUUUCGGGCCAGCUCCCAAAGCAGACAGUUCGACAGAAAAAUAUUCCUGUCCACAUUUCGGUCUCUGUUGCCGAAGAAUAUGGACCAUUUACCUCCCCAGUUAUGGAGGCCAUAUCAGUAGAUCUUUGCUCUACUCGUUCAAAUUCACCAUUAAUGGAUGAUUCAACUCCCAGUCAAGCCAACAACAAUCUUUCCUCCCAAGCGGAUGACAUUAUUCCAUUCCUCCCACUCCAACGAAUCUUCAACUAUAUUAAUCCGAUGGAAUGGGCCACACUAUCGAAGGAGAUCAAAGAAUGGUUGGUGAACGAUGUAGACACUAGGUCUCAAUUAUGGACAUGGGGAUGCGAUGCUUUCUGGCUCACGUUUGUCGCAGCAUACCCUUUAUUUCCCAGAGGCAAAUGGCCAAUGUGGGACCCUCGCAUUCCUGUGGAGGGGACAUUUAUUCAGGAGUGGUUGGGACGGUCAAAUGAUAUUGAUGCCAUGAAACUUGAGGGCGAACAUUCUCUCGUGGCCCUACUCAAUGACAUAAGGGCCGAAUUCAACAGACAUACUGUGCUCUUUCACCCCUUGCCUCUUCUUGCUGUCGACUAA